AUGGCGACGAUUAAUGAAACCGCUCAAAAUGUUCCCGACAGUACCGAGGGAGGCUGGCAAGAGCUCACCAACAACAACGGCGAGAAGUUCAUGGUCAAGGCCGAGAACUAUGAUAUCUCCGCCCAGAGCGACAACGAUGCCGUGGCAGCCAGUGGGCCUCCAUUCGACAACUUACGCGUCAACUGGAACCCCAACAAUGAGGGUGUCACGACUGAGGAGGAGCAGGAAAUCUCCGGCAUUACCUACUGGAAGUUGCAGAAGUCACCGUGGUGGAACACAGUCUAUCAGUGGCAGUUGACCGUAUCAACCCGGGAUACCUACCACUACUACUUCACUGAUGCUUCCGGUCACGUUGAAGACCUCAAUGUGUAUCAGAACGCUGGCACCCACUGGAUCUCAUGGAACUCCCCUAACCCGGAGGUCGUGAUGAUCUCUGGUCGAUGA